AUGGACGCGGCGUGGUUGUUUGGGCGUGCGGACGACUCCCCGCCGCCGUCCCCGGAUCUGGAGCCGAACAAUGGCCUGGAGGUGAUUCCCGACCAGAUCCCAUCGAUCAUCGGGCAGCAUGCUGUGAUUUCCUACUUUUCUGAUCCGACAAAAAACCCCCAAACGGCGAUCGAGUCGGAAGAGGCGCCGGCGCAGGCGCCGCCCGCGGCGGCCGAGCGCACCGUGUACCCCAUCUAUCUGACGCUGGACAUGACGAGCGGGUGUGGUGGCACGAUCUGGCCGGCCGCCGAGGUGCUCGGCUCGUACAUCGCGUCGAUUCCGACGCGCACCGGGUGCACGCUCGAGACGCACCCAUGGCGCGGCAAGACGAUCGUCGAGCUCGGCAGCGGCACGGGCCUGAUUGGAUUCCUCGUCGCGAGCAUUGGGUGCGGUGCAACGACGUGGAUCACCGACCAGGUGCCGAUGCUGCCGCUCAUGGAGGAGAACACGAAACUGAAUACGACGUGGAUGAUCGAUGCGUGCCAUACCGAGGAACUCAACUGGGGCGAGCCGCUCCCGGACAGCGUGCCGGCCAAGCCCGACGUCCUGCUGCUCGCCGACUGCGUCUAUCGCGAAGAGGCCUUCCAGCCGCUGGUUGAUACUAUGGUCGACCUCGCGACGCCCACGACCGAGAUCCUCUUUAGCUACCACAAGCGCCGCAAGGCCGACAAGCGCUUCUUUGUCAUGCUCAAGAAGCACUUUGCCUAUACCCAUGUGGAGGACGACGAUCCGGCGCGGCGGACGGCGUACAAUCGGGAGGGGACGUCGCUGAUGCGUAUGCAUCUACGUACAUAG